AAAAAAAAAAAAAAAAAGAAAAUAGAAAAAGAAAAAUAUUAUCUUUGGGCAGUUGAUAUUUCUGCAACGGCCAUGGCUUCUUCUUGCAUAACAACCACCUUUAAGAAAUGUACAAUAAAAAAUCCCCAAUUUCGCCCAAAUCCCCCAACCCCCAAAACCCUAACCCUAGCUCUUCCGCCAUUGACGAUUUCAAGAAGGUCCGCUGCAAUUCUCAUCCCAUUAACCCUAAUCUCACUUCCCCAAACAUCGCUAGCUAGAGAGAGACGCAGCAGAAAAAUCAUCCCUCUCGAAGAUUAUCUCACUAGCCCUGACGGGCUUAAAUAUUACGAUCUUAUCGAAGGAAAUGGUCCGAUAGCCGAAAACGGAACAACUGCUCGGGUGCAUUUUGACUGUAUAUACCGUGGCAUUACAGCUCUGUCGAGCCGGGAAUCGAAGCUCUUGGCUGGAAAUAGAAGCAUUGCCCAGCCUUACGAGUUUCAAGUUGGAGCGAUACCUGGAAAAGAGCGGAAACGGGAGUUUGUGGACAAUCCAAAUGGUUUGUUCUCUGCACAGGCUGCUCCGAAACCUCCCAAAGCUAUGUACAAAAUUACCGAGGGGAUGAAAGUUGGCGGCAAGAGGACUGUGAUAAUUCCUCCCGAGGCAGGGUAUGGCCCGAAAGGAAUGAAUGAAAUUCCGCCAGGUGCAGAAUUUGAACUAAAUAUCGAACUUUUGCAAGUAACACGACCUGAAGUCAAGUGAUAAAGCUUCGUGUACAGAAGGAACCGUUUUCGUUUUUCACCAUUACCUUCAAAUUUUUUUGAUUCAUUUAUGUUUUUUCUUUUGAUACGUGUAAUAAAACAUUCCGCUGUUUGUAUUUGUCGAAACUGAUGGCUAACUGAAACUAAAUCCACAGAAGAACAGAUGAUGCUUCAUAUAUAUACGGGGUAAAUUACGGCCAA